AUGAAAAAUAUCAUGAAGAUCCCAAGUGAGUAUAUAUUGAAGAGGUGGACACGAAAAGCAAAAGAUGGAUACAUUGGUGUUAUUGAUUUAAUUGCAAACAAAGAUAGUUUGGAUCCAAAAGCUUGCACCAAUUUGCGAUAUAAAGAAUUAAGUGGGUUGUAUGUUCAAUUGGUUACCAAGGCAGCGGAGAGGGAAGACACUUACAAGGUUGUUAAAGAUGGUUUGUUGAGUAUGUUUAAGAUGGUGGAUGAGAGGUUACAAGUUAAUGAACCAAUUGCCCAACACUCAAUUGAAAGAGAGUUCGAAAUAGGUGAAGGAAAUUCUCUUGGAGUCAAAGGAAUUAAAACAAAGAAGAAAACAAUUUCAGGUUUGAGUAUGGCCGAAACUCAAUUUCCACCACUUUUGUCAACACAACUAUCUCAGGUUCACUCUGAUAAUGAUUAUUUUCAGACAAAUAAUCGGGAAGGAUGGUGCUUCAAUGGUGUGGAUGUUGCUACAAUGGAAUGCACAUCAACUAAAGAACACCAUAAAGAGUGA